AUGGCGUCACGAAUGAUCAGUCGUCUCUCUCCAAAAAAUUCCGCUUUAUUCGUAUGUGAUCUUCAAGAGCGCUUCAGAAAUGUCAUACAGUUCUUCCCGGGCAUUGCGGAAACUUCGAAGAGGAUGGUGGAUGCAGCGAAAAUCUUACAGAUGCCUAUCGUCGUUACUGAGCAGUACCCGAAAGGGCUCGGUCAUACGAUUAAAGACUUGGGACUCGAUGACAUCAAAAAGUUUGAGAAAACCAGGUUUUCAAUGUGUGUGCCGGAAGCCGAUGGGGCUUUGCAAAACGCCGAAAACAUAAUUUUGGUUGGAAUCGAAGCUCAUGUGUGUGUGCUUCAAACUACGCUUGAUCUUCUUGAAAAGGGAAAGAACGUACACGUGGUCGUCGACGCUGUCAGCUCUCGGUCACUUCCCGACAGGAAGUAUGCCUUCAAACAAAUGGACCGAGCUGGAGCUGUGUUGACCACCUCGGAAUGUGUGUUGCUCGGAUUGCUUCGAGAUGCCUCUCAUCCAAAAUUCAAAGAAAUACAGAAACUGAUCCUUGACCCUGCUCCUGAUGUCGGUCUUGUCGCGAAACUGUGA